AUGAUGAUGACUGAGAUCCAGAUUGUGUCCGAUCUGCACCUGGAGAAUCCUUCCGCCUACGAUGUCUUCCAGAUCCCUCCAGAUGCUCCCUAUCUAGCACUUCUUGGCGACAUCGGUCUCGUCAAUGAUGACGGAUACCUCUCCUUCAUUGAGGCUCAGCUGCGAGAGUUCGAGAUCGUAUUUCUAUUGCUCGGCAAUCAUGAACCAUGGCAUUCAACAUGGACGAAAACAAAAGAGAAAGUCCGACAAUUCUCUGACGCGGUAGAACAACGACGCUCGACGGAAAAAUUGGGUGCCUUGGUUUUUUUGGAUCAGACCCGAUACGAUAUAUCUCCAGACGUCACCAUCCUGGGUUGUACAUUGUACUCCCAGGUAUUGGAACAAUACCGUGAACAUAUCAGCUUCGGAGUGAAUGAUUUUUACUACAUCGAAAAUUGGACGGUUGAGGACCACAAUGCGGCCCAUAAAGCAGAUCUGAAAUGGCUUAAUGACCAGGUUGCUCAGAUAGCCGCCUCUGAACCCCAACGAAAAAUCGUCGUAUUUACACACUACAGUCCUGUUACUCAAGAUGCGCGUGCCGUUGAUCCAAGACAUAUCGACAGCCCACUGUCAUCUGGCUUUGCGACGGAUCUUUCGACGCAAGAGUGUUGGAUGAACUCUCGGGUAUGCUUAUGGGCAUAUGGACAUACCCAUUAUAAUACCGAGUUUACGGAACAAGCGACUGACAAGCUCGUGGUGAGCAAUCAGCGUGGCUACUAUUUUGCCCAGUCCAAGGGGUUCAAACCGGGAAAAGUCAUUCGAGUUUGA